AAAAAAAAUAUAACCCCAUCAAUUCAUUAGCAUUCUUCUUCACUCAUCCCUCCCAUUCAUACCACAAUACUACCUAGCCAACGUUAGCCUUAACCAUCACCAUGGCCGCAACCACCGCAGCUGCAACCUCAUCCUUUCUAGGAACACAUUUGCAGAACGUGCAUUCCAGCGGAGGCAAAAUCACUGCCCGGUUUGGAUUCGGAAAGAAAAAGGCAGCACCAAAAAAGGUAUCUAAAUCAGUAGUUCCCGAUCGUCCACUUUGGUUUCCAGGUGCAAAAGCACCCGAAUACUUAGACGGAUCAUUAGUCGGCGACUACGGGUUCGACCCUUUUGGUCUAGGAAAGCCAGCUGAAUACUUACAAUUUGAUUUGGAUGGUUUGGAUCAAAACUUAGCUAAGAAUUUUGCUGGUGAGGUCAUUGGAACUAGAACUGAAGACUCUGACGUGAAAUCAACUCCAUUCCAACCAUAUGCUGAAGUCUUUGGAUUACAAAGAUUCCGUGAAUGUGAGCUCAUUCAUGGUAGAUGGGCUAUGCUUGCUACACUCGGUGCUCUCGCUGUUGAAUCACUCACCGGUGUCACAUGGCAAGAUGCUGGAAAGGUAGAAUUGAUUGAUGGGUCUUCAUACUUGGGGCUUCCACUUCCAUUCACCAUCACCUCCUUGAUAUGGAUCGAAGUUCUUGUUAUUGGAUACAUCGAAUUCCAGAGGAACGCCGAGCUCGAGCCUGAGAAGAGAUUGUACCCUGGUGGCAGUUACUUCGAUCCCCUCGGCUUAGCAUCUGAUCCUGAGGCAAAAGAAAGACUUCAAUUAGCCGAAAUCAAGCACGCUCGUCUAGCCAUGGUUGGCUUCUUGGGUUUUGCCGUUCAGGCUGCAGCUACCGGCAAGGGUCCACUUAACAACUGGGCUACCCAUUUGAGCGACCCACUUCACACAACAAUCAUUGACACUUUCUCCUCGUCUUAAAUUUGAGUUUCUUCUGUUCCUCAAUGUUUGCACAUUAGACUUUCAUCUUAUGCACCUCUAUCAUGUAAAGAUUCUAAUAUAUUUGGAAAUCAUUAGGCUUCAAUUCCAUUGCCUAAGUAUAUAUUUGUAUUUCUUGAUUAAUUUAUUUAGUGAUAUCCCAGAUCCAAUCAA